UUUAUUAUUUUUUUCCCCCAGAAGAUGAUAAACAAUAAUGGCCGACCCUGUCGAGGAUUUACUACCGUUACUAGGAAUCAAUCAACCCAUUGACGGAGAGGAUUCGGAUGACACCGAAAGUGGCGAAACAUGCUCAGAUGAUCAGGAAGAUGAUAUGGUUGACGAUGAAGAGGAAAAUGGACAAAAUUUAAAUUCUGAUAAUGAAGGUGGUCAAAAGGCCAGAAAGAAGCAAGAAAAACCAAAGAAGCGGAUGUCUCAAGUUUUAGUAACAUAUGACAAGUCUCUCCCAUCCGCUCAUUCAUAUCUUGGAAACGACCUUGAAGAUGUAAGGGGAAGAACCAUAUUGGAGGAAAAUUCUGUUGUUACAAUGCCAUUGCUGCUCCUGCCAGGAGUUGUGUUGGUCCCUGGUCAGGUGAUCCCGCUACAGCUGUAUCAGCAGCGAUUGGUUGCCAUGGUGAGACGUGUGGCAGACAAGGACAAAACAUUUGGUGUUGUCAACAUGGGGAAAUCAUUUGACGAUGAUGAUCGGCAGAAAUCCUCUAGCUUGGGUUGUACAGCAGAAAUUUUUUCCAUGAAGGAGGAGAUGGAUGAACAGUCAGGAAUUUCUACAGUCCGGGUCAAGGCUAGAGGUCGACAGAGAUUUAGAAUUGAGGAAAUCAAGCAUGAAAUUACUGGGGAUGUGAUGGCUAGAGUAAGAAUACUGCCUGAGAUCUCUCUCUGCCACGCCCUGGAUGGUGCUAGACUCCCAUCCCACUACAAGAUUAUGGUCUCCCCACCUGAUGAUUCAGACGACAUGAUAAAGACGGCCGUAGACAGGCAAGGCAGGGCCUUUGCCUCGGUUGAUUUAAGGAGGAAAAGUUUGGUAACCAAGUUGUAUUCAGCUAACUACACCUGGUGGCCACCAUGGGUCUACAAAAUGUAUGACAUUGAAUGGCUAGCUGAGCAGACGCGAGCAGAACUCCACAGCUGGUGUCCCACAUCAUUGCCAGAUGAUCCUGUGGACUUGUCCUUUUGGGUGGCACAUAAUCUGCCCAUUGAUGACGAGCUGAGGUUGCGUCUGCUGCAGUUUGACUCUGUUGUCCAGCGUUUGCGGUUCGGGCUCAGUAUUAUUCGUAAGACUGAUGUUCUGUUGUGUUGUCACUCCUGCCAUGAAAAGAUCGCAAGUAAAAAUGAUGUGUUUGGUAUGAGUCAAGAAGGCCCACUGGGGUCCUAUGUAAAUCCUGGAGGUUAUGUGCAUGAGAUGUUUACAGUCACAGCAGUACAAAAUUUAAACACUAGUGGCCGCUCUUCAACUGAGUUCAGCUGGUUCCCUGGCUAUGCGUGGACAAUAAUCAACUGUAAGCAGUGCUACUCACACAUGGGGUGGAUGUUUACAGCCACAGAGAAAAGUCUUUCACCCCGCAAGUUUUGGGGGCUCUGCAGAUCUUCAAUUAAAACAAACUUUAGCACUCUAGAGAGUGAGACAGAUUCAGAAGAAAAUAAACUUUUCAUUAUGUGAAACAGCCGUAAAAGAAACAGACUAAGUAUUGAAUUGACUAACAUAUUGAAUAGCUAAUUUUGUGAGCUUACGACACGUUUCUUUUAGAAAUCAUCUAGUGAGCAGGACAACUCGCCAACUAUAACAAUCAUUUUGUGAUGCUUGUUUGCCAGGGAAGGGAGUUAACAAAGAAAAUAUUGUAAUAAAGAAAAUAAACUCAAUUUUUGAGGGGAGAUAACUUUCGCAAUGUGAAUACCUAGCUAAUGAUAAAUUUGUCAAAGUUUGACCAAGCUCAGAAAUGCUUGUAUGUGUUUGUGCAUAAAUUGGCUGAAACUUUAGUUGAUCGAUAGAACUCUUAGGUCACAAAGUUGGUGAUGUGUUAUGGCAGUUCUCAUUCAUCUUGCUGCUGUAGUAACCACCAACACUAGUAUGUUGUUUCCUAAAUCAGUGUGUGUGCUAGCUUAAGCAUCUUAGUUUUGGAAUAUCAAUUGUAAUUUAAUACUACUACACCCAUUAUGCUAAUUAGUUGAAAUAUUUGCAAAGGACAAAUGUGGAUGUGUCAAAGAGGCAUUACAAAUUGUAACAAAUUUAAUUUAUGUUGAGCCAUUUCUGAGCUUUUACAUUAUUUGGCAUGUAAAAACAUUGUCAUUUAUUUUUUGAAUCUUUAAAAUGAUAAAGCAUAUAUUUAAUUGUAAAUAAAGAACAUGUAAAUAAAAUGAAGUAAUUAUUUGA